AUUUAAAUUCGCACAAACUAAUCCAUGUGGGCUUUGCCUUUGCAGUGAAGAAAAAGCCAGGAACAUUCUAGAAAAAAAAAAACACGAGCACAAACUGAAAAGGUCAACCUCAUCAGCUCAGAGCUAGCAGCCUAGCACUAUAAGAGAAGUAGGUUCUGUUCCUUACUGUUUCAAAAUCAGACAUCAUGGCAGGAGUAGAGAUGUUCCCUAAAGAAUAUGGUUACGUAGUUUUUGUUCUUGUUGCUUAUUGCUUUCUCAAUUUCUGGAUGGGAUUCCAAGUUGGUUCAGCUCGCAAGAAAUACAAGGUCCCUUAUCCAACCCUUUAUGCCAUUGAAUCAGAAAACAAAGAUGCCAAGCUCUUCAACUGUGUUCAGAGAGGACAUCAGAAUUCCCUGGAAAUGAUGCCAGUGUUCUUUUUGCUGAUGGUGUUAGGAGGGAUAAGGCAUCCUUGUGUUUGUGCUGCCCUUGGUUCUCUUUUCCUUGUGACUCGGUAUUUCUAUUUCACUGGCUAUGCUACUGGAGAUCCCAAAAACCGUCUUAAUAUUGGGAAAUAUGGAUUCUUGGCUUUGUUGGGGCUUAUCGGGUGCACCAUUUCAUUUGGCAUCAGUCUUCUUCGAGGAUAGUCCUUUUUCUGCUCUUUACCUGGCUUGAGCCUUUGCUUUCCUGUAAUUUCCAUGUCCCGUCUACACUUUUGUAGUGUUUUGUGUUAAAUAAGCUGUACUUUCCCUGAACAUUAAUGGCGAUGGGGCCUCCCUUGGUUUCUCAAA